AUGGCAGGCUCAUCUGCAAAACCCAAAAGGUCUAUUAGCUUGCCAACAAGGCUACACCCCAACUCCCAAAAGAUUGAAGCACAAUUGAACAAGCUGAAGACUAAUUGGGAAUAUUCAUCAUUCUCUUCAAGGGAAACUCCUCUAGGAAGUGAGAAUAUUCAAUCAGGCUUGAGCGAUCUUGCAGAGUUGUAUAAUUCUACCAAGGAACUCAUCCACUCUCCUUUGACCCAACAAGCCCUUCUCCAACACCAUUCAAGACAAAUGGUCGAAGAGACACUAGACAUGUCGAUCGGGUUGCUAGACGCUUGUGGCGCCACGAGAGACUUGCUUUUAAGAAUGAAGGAAAGAGUUCAUACCCUCCAAUCAGCCCUACGAAGGAAGGCUAUGGGAGAUUCAAGCAUCGAAAUCGAUGUCCAAUCUUAUAUCAACUUCAGGAAAAAUGCCAAGAAGGAAGUCUCCAAAAGCCUUAGAGCAUUGAAAACCAUGCAAAUUAGCAACGUCCAAGCUUUCCAUGCCUUGGAUGUUGUGGAUCACCCUCUAAAAAUGGUGACCACAUUGUUGAGAGAGCUAAGCGCCAUUGCCGUCUCCAUCUUUAGGUCCCUCUUCGUGUUCUUAUCCGUGCCUGCCGCGACGAUGUCAAAGGCGAGUAGUGGAUGGUCUUUGCUCUCCAAGUUGUUUGUGCCCACGUCAUUUGCAGCAUUGGAGAGGGAACACAAGAUUUUCAACGAAGUGGGCAGUGUUGAUAUUAGUCUCUGGUCAUUGCAAGGCCAAUUAAGGAAGAACAAUAUCAAUAAUGGUGCUCAGAUUGACGUGGGACUGGUGAAGAGAAGAUUAAAGAGUCUUGAUUGUUGUAUUGAGGGACUUGAGGCUGGAUUAGACUACUUUUUUAGAUGCCUAAUUCAACAUAGAGUGUUUCUCCUUAAUCUUCUCACGCCUUGA